AUGUCUGACGACCCCGCCACCACCACUCCCUCGUCGAUAUCUGAUGACAACACAGACGCCACCGCCACCACUGCCACUGCCACCGACACCGCCGUAGCGGAUGAUAGCUCCUACUCCACCAAGCCAAGCAGGCCGCACAUAACAUGGUGUGAUUCCUACACCAAGGCCCAAUCAGCCGUAGAUUCCCUCUCAUCAAUCCUUCCCCACGUUCCUCCUUCUCUUUCAUCCUCCGAAACUCCAGCAACUUCCCUCCUCCACGAUCCCGAAAUAGCAAAGGAAUUCUCAAGACUCCUCCGCCAACCCGACUCUGGCUUAGGGGACAACAAUCUCUGCCGAUGGCUCUACGACACCUUUCAAACCGGCCAACCAGCUCUGCAUCUAGUAGUCCUCAGAUUCUUGCCCAUUCUUGCUGGCGUAUACCUUUCUCGAGCUUCUCUUCAUAAGCCCUUAGCCGGUUUUGAAGCAGUUCUUUUGGCCCUUUACGCCCACGAAACCACUGUCCGAAACGGCCAGGCAAUUACCGUAAGCAUCCCUGAUCUCUCUCAUUCGAGCAUUUAUCAUGAAACUACCAAGACGCCCAAGAACACCGCGACGGAGUUAAACAUAGCUGUGCUCUCUCCAACUUUAGAGCCUCAUGGUACCGUUCGAUCGACGAGGAGGGCAAGGAUAGUUGGGGUUGCAUUGGAGCUUUAUUAUACUAAAAUCUCGCAGCUACCUGUGGAUUCCAAGAUUGAAUUUUGCGAGUUUUGUCGAAUAUGGGCCGGUGAAGAUGGUGAUGUCUACAAAGAUGGUGAAAACGGUGAAAUGGGACUGCCCGGAUUGGGCGAAAGUGAAGGAGAAAUUGAAGAGAAGAAGGAGAAAGGUAAGGAGGGGAGGAUUAAUUUGCCAUGGGAGCUUUUGCAGCCAAUGUUAAGAAUUCUAGGGCAUUGUUUGAUGGGGCCUGACAAGAGUAAGGAGUUGCAUGAGGCUGCAUGCUGUGCAUGUAGGUCUCUUUAUGCAAGAUCUCUUCAUGAUAUAAAUCCUAAAGCAAUUUUGGCGACUGGUAGUCUUCUUAGGCUGGUAAACAUGACUUCAGAUUUGGACAAUUUUGAUCAUACAGACAUACCUCAGACUAAUCUUAUUGCCCUCUAA